CCAGAGCCGCUGACUUCCUCCCGGGCCAGGAGAGCACGGCAGCCGCAGGAGAUGUGCCGCGGGCGGCGCUGCUGGGGCCGAGGCUCCCUCCUGCUGCUGCUGCUGCUGCUGCUGGGGCAAAGCCUGGCUCUUCUCAUCGAGGUCCCGCAGGAUGCGGUCAGUGGCACCGUGGGGCACUCCGUGCUGCUGCCCGUCUCCUACACAGUCAAGAGCUCCUUUUGCUUCCCAUUGUCAAUUCAGUGGAAGUUUGAGAACAGCUCGCAAGUGAUCAUCACCUGCACGGUGCUCAACUGCUCCCUGGAUGCUUGGGGAGCUCCCAAGGAAUGCUCUGCACUACGUUUCCCUCACCCCUCAUACCGGCACCGCAUUGAAGUCUUCCCUGAGAACGCAUCCCUGCUGCUGCGGGACCUGCAGCUCAGUGACAGCGGGGUGUACAGCAUUGCCUUCCAACAGCAAAAUCAAAGCAGGCGGAUCACCCUGGCAGUGCACCAGCAGCAUGUUUCCACUGAGCAUCCUGACAAAGCACAGAGCGAGGAGCAGGAGGUACAGCUGCACACAUCCCUUGCUACAGCCUCAGUGCCUGCUACUGCGUCAUCCUGCUGCUCCUGCAGCUGCUCUUCCACCUGCUGUGCUUGCGGGGUGGCCGCCAGCAGCAGAGCUGACCUGGAGAAACAUGAGGCUGCUGCUGGGGAGAAGAGAGCUGGUGAGUGGGAGCAGACAGAGCUGGCACCUCAGGACACAGCAGUGGCCAGGCACAAUGACUGUGCUCUGCAGUGCCUCAAGCUGUUUUUCCUGACACCGCUGUGCUGGUGAAACCCAGGCAUCCACAAGCACCUGUCCCUGCCUGCAGUGUGCAACCACUUCCCCACUCACAUUCCCCCACCAUUAACUAAGUCCUCCUGUGGGCAAAUAAACGUCCUUUCCUCCACCAAAUCUGUCUCCCAGGUGCCUGAUGUGAGGCUGCAGCAUCAUCUGAAAAAGUCCCAGCAGCAGAGCUAGAGGUGGGAGCCAGUUUCCCAAAGCUUCUGGCCUGCCGUGGGUGGUGGUGGCACCUCGGACUGGGACUCAGGGCCCAGAGGCUGAGCUGCAGGGCAGACGAUGGGCGGCUUCUGAGGCUGAAGGAGGGCAGAGGGUCAGCGUGGGCAGCACCGACAAGUUCCAGCCUCAGCCACCAGCUGCAGCCUCGGCUCCUGCUCCAGCUCCAGCACAGGAGCGCCCAGAGGUUCCCGUGGGCUCCUGCUCUCUUCCACUGGGAUCUGCCCGGCCUCGGGGUCCUCCUGUCACCUGGGAUUCCCCCCACACAACACGCACUGCCCGUGGCCUCCCCUCUGCUGUUACACGCACAGGAAGGAGCCCGGUCUCACCCACCCGCAGCGAACCCAAACGGGGCAGAGGGGCUGAGCCAGAGCCGCUGACUUCCUCCCGGGCCAGGAGAGCACGGCAGCCGCAGGAGAUGUGCCGCGGGCGGCGCUGCUGGGGCCGAGGCUCCCUCCUGCUGCUGCUGCUGCUGCUGCUGCGGCUGCUGCUGCUGGGGCAAAGCCUGGCUCUUCUCAUCGAGGUCCCGCAGGAUGCGGUCAGUGGCACCGUGGGGCACUCCGUGCUGCUGCCCGUCUCCUACACAGUCAAGAGCUCCUUUUGCUUCCCAUUGUCAAUUCAGUGGAAGUUUGAGAACAGCUCGCAAGUGAUCAUCACCUGCACGGUGCUCAGCUGCUCCCUGGAUGCUUGGGGAGCUCCCAAGGAAUGCUCUGCACUACGUUUCCCUCACCCCUCAUACCGGCACCGCAUUGAAGUCUUCCCUGAGAACGCAUCCCUGCUGCUGCGGGACCUGCAGCUCAGUGACAGCGGGGUGUACAGCAUUGCCUUCCAACAGCAAAAUCAAAGCAGGCGGAUCACCCUGGCAGUGCACCAGCAGCAUGUUUCCACUGAGCAUCCUGACAAAGGCACCAAGGCCCAAGACUACUCCCAUUACUACACAAUUGGAGUUUGCUCCCUUAUCGGCCUCUUUCUGCUGUUCCUGCUCCUCCGCAUAUGGCGGCGAGGUGCAUUGCGGAAGAUGAGAACCAUUACACAGCAGCAGGUACAGGAAAAUCUUUUGAAAGCUCCUUGGGCCUCAAACACAGAGGAUAUCCACAUGGAAAACACCGUGGUAAGGGACGUGGCAACAAUUUAUGCCACAGUUGGACAAGACUUUGAAGAGACAAAACCAAGAGCAUUACCAGAGACUCUCUACACAUCCAUAAACUUCCCUCAACUGCCCUCCGCUUCGGCUCCGAACUUUGCAGGAGGUAGAUGUGCAGCAGAGCCAAGGUGAUGCUGUUGCCACUGCGUCCCUUGUGAUCAGACCUUUGGUGAGUCCCCUCCUGCCCAUGGAGUGUUGUUUAAGUGCUUGGAGCAACAGAUUAUGGAAAUGCAUUAGUUUGCCUCAAACUGCAGUUUCUCUUGAAUUUGAGGAAUGAUCUGCUUUUAGCUUCAUCUUGAGAUUUCCGGAGAUCACAGAGACUCUGAACGCAAGAGAAAGAUGCCUAAAGCAAAAGCAAAACAACAGUUCAUCCAUGAGAAGCUCGCUUCCAGAGACAUGCCUUAAUUUGAGGGGUAAUGGAGAGCACUGAAUGUAUUUCAGUCGUGCAUCCCGGGGUCCCUUACCAAUUGCUUGUCAUAUUAAAAGAAUGUACAAA